CGUCACAUAAACGUUUCUAGUCACUGUAAAAGAGGCUUAAUUAGCCUACAUUUCUGGCUACAAUGCAUCGCCAACACUAUGAGAGAACAACACGCAAAACUUCACCAACAGACAGCUGUGAGAAGGAGGAUGAUGCUACUCUAGAUCACGACACGGAAAUAGCUAAGUUUUCUUCUGCAGAUGGACUUAUUUGGCCGGUUCCUCCCCGUGACGUCGGAGCGGGCCGGACCCGCGAGGCUGCUGGUAUGGGUCGGUCCGCUGCUCGCGCUUCAGUGAGGAGUUUGGAGUCUUCUCAUUCCUGUGCCACUUGAUGAGCGUUGGCUGACCGCGAGCUCCGGUAGCAUGGGCACAGGGGAUUACUUCUGCCUGACGGUACGCGGGGGCGCGCCCUGGGGAUUCAGCCUCCGCCAGAGCGACGGGGAUGCGCACCGCCCCAUACAAAUCGACCAGGUGGUGGAGGGCAGCCCAGCGUGCCUAGCGGGAGUGUGUGUGGACGAUGAGCUGGUGUCUCUGAACGGAGAGCCCUGUGCUGAGCUCACACUCCUGGAGGCCAUCGCUCUAGUGGAGGAGGCUACCGACUGCCUGAAGCUACUCAUCAAGAGGUCAUCUGUGUGUUCUCCCUCUGGCUCUGAGCUUCAGUCCACCACCCUCUGCAUCCCGGCACCCCAUCGCCCCCACACACACCCCCACACACACCCGCACCGGGAGCUGUACAUCUGCGAAUCCCAGGACGAGGCGUACUAUGGUGAGACGGACAGCGAUGCAGACGUCCAGAGCCCCGUCCUCACCCCUGGGGGCCUCGCGCCGGUGAUGCGCUCCCAGCUGCGUGUGGGGGCGGACGGGGCUGCCAUGAGCCCCGUGGAGCUGCCUGAGGGGGGGGUGCUGGAGCUGCAGGUGUCCCUGUCCUGCCACGGCCACCAGGGGGCACUGGAGCUGGGCUGCUCUGCGCUGGGCAGUGCGCGCGGCGUGGAGGGCUUCAUGCGAGGGGGGGGGCCCCCUGAGCCUGCGGAUGACCCCGAGCCCCCCCCAGUGGUCAGCGAGGCCGAGCUGUACGUGCCCUUGAGGGACAGACAGCCGCUCAGCCAGAGGGGGGUGCUAGUGAGCGCGGGGCAGCUGGGGCAGGAGGAGGGAGGGGCCUCUGAGGGGGGCGGGGCGGAAGGAGGAGCCAUGGGAGAUGACCACGCCCCCUCCUCCUCCUCCGUCUCCUUUGGAAUCCUGUCAGAAGAGUCAGAGUCAGAUCAGGAGCCCAAGGAGCCCAGCAAGCACCGGCCUCGCCACGCACGGCUCAGGCGUAGUGAGAGCCAGUCAGAGAAGCAGGUGAAGGAGGCCAAGUCCCGGUGCAAGCGCAUCGCUCUGCUGCUGACCGCUGCUGCCCCCCACCCCAGCAACCGGGGGCUGUUGAUGUUCAAGAGGCACCGGCAGCGGGCCCGCAAGUACACGCUCGUGAGCUACGGCACCGGCGACCAGGAGCCUGACCUCUACUACCGCUUCGACCAGAGCGAGGACGAGGACGACGCAGCGGACGAGGACGACGAGGACGCAGACGAGCACACACACCACACGGUCCACUUCACAGUCUUGGCCAGCAGCGGCGGAGGGGAGUGUGUGCUCGAGGAGCACGCGUUUGCACAUGCUCAGAGCAGCAUCGGCGUGGAAGCAGCAGCAGCGCCAGCAGUGGCAGUCGUAAAGCUCCGAGGCCGAGACGCGGGGCUACUGGAGAUCGAGCGGAAGCUUCAGGAGGACGCCGAGAUGGACCAGCUGUCGGAGACGAGGGGCAAGGGGGCACUGAUGUUCGCCCAGCGGCGCCAGCGCAUGGACGAAAUCGUGGCGGAACACGAGGACAUGCGGCAGAAGGGCCUGCCCGUCGAGAGCAAACAGGAAGCAGAGAAGCACCUGGCCUACCAGCAGCAGGUGGAGGAACACGCUUACCUGCAGCAUCAGGACAGCCAGAACUACAUGGACGUCAACCUCCACCACCAGCAGCAGCAGCAGCAGCAGCAGCAACAGUACCAGCAGUACCAACAGGAGCAGCAGGAGCAGCAGUACUACCAGCAGCAGCAAUACUACCAGCAGCAACAGUACCAGCAGCAACAGCAACAGUAUGAGAUGCAGCAGCAGCAUGAGAUCCAGCAGCAGCAGUAUGAGAUCCAGCAGCAGCAGUACCAGCAGCAGCAGCAUCAGUACCACGAGCAGCAUCACCAGAUGCAGCAGCAGCAUCAGUACCACGAGCAGCAGCAGCAUCACACGCAGCACAUGAACGGCAGUGUCCAGGGCAGUGACAGCCAGUCAUCCGUGGCCAAUCGCAGUGCCCGGCCAUUCGUGGCAAGCCAGGAGCAUGCUGGGUAUUCAACGGUGGGACAGGGUGAGCAGAUCGCCUCGCGCGACGAGCGCAUCUCCAUGCCCGCCAUCAAGACGGGCAUCCUGCAGGACACACGUCGCCGGAACACACAGGGCAAACCCAUGUUCACCUUCAAAGAGAAGCCCAAGGUGUCACCCAACCCAGAGCUACUCAAUCUGCUGAACCGCGGUGAUCGUCGGCCGGGCUUGGACUCGGGGCCUGAGGAGGACUACCUCAGCCUGGGUGCCGAGGCCUGCAACUUCCUGCAGGCGCCUCGUGUCAAGCAGAAGGUCCCGCCUCCCGUCGCCCCCAAGCCCCACAUCAACCCCAACUCCCCCCCUUGGUCCCCGCAGCCAGACCCAAACCUGCCCCAGCAGGAGAUGCCCCAGCACGCCGAGCCCGCAGACGCUCACCACCCCGCUGCUGAUGGCCUGAUGCCCCCCGCCCAGCCCCCCUCCCCAGAGGAGCAGCAGGCGACCGCAGCAGACUGGGCUCAGCCGGAACCUCAAGUCCAGCCGGGCCCGCAGCCAGAACCCUGGGGGGAGAGCCAGCAGGACCCCGCACCCACGACCAGCGCCUCCCAGGCUGUGGCACAGCCCCCCCUAGAGCCCCCCACAGACGCCUGGGCCCCCACCCAGGCACCGCAGCAGACACCCGUCAGUGGGUGGGGUCCUGCUGAAGCCCCAGCUCGAGCCCCCGUCCAAUCACAGGCCUCCUGGGCAACCCAACCUCAGGCCCCCGAGGUGCCCUCCCAGAUGCCUGCUCAGACACAGGGCCAGCCAGCCUGGGUGUCCCAGCCCCAGGCCCCCAGCACAGCCCCAGGCCCAGCCCCCAUGGGUCACCCCCGCGCCCCCUCAGCCUGCUCCUGCCACCACCUGGGCACAGAACCCCACCCCAUCACCCCCCGCCCAGCCCACCUGGACCCAGCCCAUGCCCCCACAUCAGGCCACACCCCAGUGGGCAGCUCCCCAGAGCCAGCCGCAGCAUACUCUGGGCCCAACCCCCCAGCAGCAGGGUGCCCCCCCAGGCUGCAGCAACAGGCGGCUGGCCCCCGUCCCAGACCCCCCCCCAGGCGCAGCCUCCCUGGGCACAGCCGCAGACCCCCCCCCCAGCCAGCAGGGGGCGCCCCAUGGGCCCAGCAGCAGCCGCAGAGCCCCAUGCAGGGUCCGCAGCCCCCCUGGGCCCCGCCGGCCGCCCCCCAGCAGAUGCAGCAGAGCCCUCAGCCCCACAUGGGCACCUGGCAGGCGACCCCCCCCCAGAACCAGCCGCAGCCACCAUGGGCCCAGCCAGCCCAGAACCAACAGCAGCAGCAUCCAGUUGCCCCCUGGGGGCAGGAUCAGAGUCAGGUACAGUCCUCCUGGGUGCCCCCACCCCCCAGCACCCAGUGGAGCCCCCCCACCCCCACACCCACUCACAGCUGGGCGCCGCAAAACCACCAGCAGCCCCAGCCACAGGGCCCCCCGACACCCCCACCGAACCACCAGCACCCCCAGCAGCAGCAGCCGGUCAGACAGUGGGGGCAAGCGCAGAUCCAGUCCACCCCCCCGCCCCCCCCCCCCCAGAGGAUGAACUCCUACCCACUGGCUGCCCGCUGCCACCCACCUGCCCCGCCUCAAGAGAGCCCCCUCCUGCUCACGCUGGGCAUGGGCUCUGCCUUCGAGAUGCCCGCUUUGGCGUGGCAAGGUGCCGAGCUCUUCGCCAAGCGCCAGUCGCGCAUGGAGAAGUACGUGGUCGACUCGGCGACCGUCGAGGCCCACAAGCCCGCCUCCUCUCCCUCCCCUAGCCCCCUCCUCCUCCCCUCUGAAGUGCCGUGGAAGUACUCUCCCAACGCGUCGCCCCCAAAAGCCUACAACCCGCUGCAGUCGCCCAUGUACCCGCCUGGCGCCAUCAAGCAGCCCCCCCCCUCCUCCGGCCCCGUCCCCAAGGGUGCCAAGGGCAAGGAGAAGCAGAAGAAGCCGGCGCCCAAACCGCUGCACGUGCUGGACGUGAUGAAGCACCAGCCCUACCAGCUGGACGCCUCGCUCUUCACCUACGGCCCUGCGGCCGAGGCUUUCGCCGCCAAGCAGAAGGCCGCCGAGGAGGCCGCCGCCAAGCAGGCGCAGGCCCAGGCAGCGGCGGCACAAGCCCAGGCUCAGCAGCAGUACGAGCACAUGCCCGCCGGGUACGGCUUCAUGCCCCAGCAGCCGUACGGGGUUGCCAGCCCCUCCCCUGCCAUGCAUGAUGGGCACUACCCCCCAGCCAAUCACAGCGCUUACCAGCAGCCUCACAUGAUGCAGCAGCCCGCCUACCAGCAGCAGCAGCCAGCCUAUCAGCAGAAGCAGCCGUACGGCCAGGCGUACGCCCCCAUGCCCCCCACGCCAGCCUAUCAGCAGCCUCUGCCCAACGCACUCUACGCCCCCGAGGCUUACCUGCACCCCCACGGCACCCCCUACGCCACGACACCAGCACAGCAGCCUCCCGCCCCUGCACACGCGCCCGCUCCGCCACCCGCGCGCCAACCCGCGCCACCCAGCUCCUACGCAGUGCCCAGCUCCUACACGGUGCCCAGCUUCCCAGUGAGUGCCAGGCCGGACUCGGGGGCAGCGGGCAGCAGCAGCACGGCGGCAGCGCCAAAGCCCAAGUUCGCCGCCAAAAAGAGCGCAGCUCAGGUGGUGAGCAGGAGUGCAUCUCUGUCUCCACCAGCUAGGCUGCCCCUAUUGGCCAGAAGCUUCCGCUCAGCGUCCAGCUCUCCGGCGCUCGCUGCUGCGCCCCCUGGUGGCCCCAGACCCUCGGAGCGUGUGCACAAGCCUCUGUCCCCGUGGGAGGCGGCCUCGCGACACCCGCUGGGUCUGGUGGACGAGGCCUUCGCCUUCCAGAGCCUUCAGCAGUCGCUGGCGUCCAGCCUGAGGUCCGCCGCCGACCGCAAGCAGCUGCCGACCCCGCCACCCGAGUGGACGGCCCGCGUGUCCUACGAUGCGUCUAUGACGCGCUCGCUCAGUCCCGCCUCCUCCACGCUGAGCCGCACCUACAGUCACGCCCUCUCGCGUAGCCACACCCCUCCGCGCUCACCACAGCCCUUCCUGUCUCCCACCAAGAGCUCCGCCUCUGAGCCCGCCUCCGGAGCCCUUUACUCCGCCUCCUACAGGCAGACUCCACCCCUUCGGUCACUCACGGAGGUCAGUCUCGGCCCACCUUGGGCCAGACCCUCUCCAGCCCAAACACACGCACACACACAGAGCCGAUACCGGUCCAGUUACACCUGGAGACGCUAAACCCGGCCAGGGUGGAGUCCCGCUGCAGGGCCCGAUGACCUGAACACACAGGGGAACCCUACAGAAAGGCCUUCAGCCUGCAGCACAACUGCCCACAUGGGAGAGAAACUUCUAGAACACCUGUAGCCCAGAGAGAGAGAGAAACUUCUAGAACACAGCCCAGAGAGAAAGAGAAACUUCUAGAACACAGCCCAGAGAGAGAGAGAAACUUCUAGAACACAGCCCAGAGAGAAAGAGAAACUUUUAG